UGGCGCUGUGCGUUUAAAAAGCAUUCGCCAAGAUGGCGAGAUACUUGGCUCUCGAUAAAGUAAAGAGAAUGUUCGAUAUUCUUAAACAGAAUGGUGGAAUUAUAGGAACUUAUAAGAAGCUAUACAGAAUGGACGAUGCCAAAGUUGGCACUUUAGUUGGUGAAGAUAAAUAUGGUAACAAAUAUUAUGAAAACAAGUUAUAUUUUUAUGGACGUAAUAGAUGGGUUGAAUAUAAUGAAUAUAUUCAUAUGGAUUAUGAUGGUAGUCAAGUUCCAGCUGAAUGGCAUCGUUGGUUGCAUUACAUGACAGAUGAUCCACCAACUAAAGUGCCUCCUGUACAAUAUAAAUGGAUGAUAAAUCAUACAGAAAAUUUUACUGGAACUAAUAAAGCAUACAUGCCUUAUAGCACAACAAACCCAAAAAUAGAGUCUUGGAAACCACCUACUAAAUAAAAAUUUGUAAAUAAAUUAUGAAUUAGUAGUAUUUCUUGUAAUAAAUAAUUUUAGUUUCAAUUAAAUAUAUUCCAAAACAAUA